GGCCGGGUCAUGUGACAGGCGGCAGCGCCAAGAUGGCGGCGUCCUGCGAGGAACUGCAGUAGCACGAAAGGGAACUCUUCCAAAUGGACAAGUACUGAGCACACUGGGGGCUCCUGAGAAAAGAUCCUUGAAAGCUUGAGCCCCAUUGGACUGGAAUCAUGUUCAAGAAGCCUGUGCUGGUGGAAUCCCUGCUGGUGUUGGCCGUGGUGCUGCUGGUGCACACGGCAGCCUGGGACCGGUACUCCUGGUGCGCCCUGGCUCUCGCCGUCCAGGCCUUUUACGCCCAGUUCAAAUGGGACCGUCUGCUCCAGCUGGGGGGAGCUGUCUUCCAGUUCCGGACAACAGCCAACAGUGGCCUCCUGCCAGCCAGCAUGGUCAUCCCCUUGCUGGGGAUAGUGAUGAAGGAGAGGUGCAAAGCUGCUGGCAUCGUGUACUUCGAACGCUUCGGCGUAGUCGUGGCUUCCACGGGCAUGCUGGUGGCUCUGUUUCUGUCGGUAAUAGCGGUUGGCAUCACAAAACCUGUGCCAACCAACACCUGCAUAGUUACUGGUGUUGCUGGCAGUAUAAUUAUCUAUACCAUGAAGCACUCUCUGACUGUUUCAGAAGUGAUAGAGGUCCUAGAAGUGCUGCUCAUUUUUGUCUACCUCAGUAUGAUCUUGCUGUACUUGUUGCCUCGAUGCUUCACUCCUGGAGAGGCGUUGCUGGUUCUUGGAGGCUUGAGUUUUGUUCUCAAUCAGCUCAUUAAACGCUCACUGAAUGCAGUCGAGGGCAGAGGUGAGCCCAUAGACUUUUUCCUUCUGGUAGCAGUCGUUGGAGUUGUUCUUCUUGGGCUUUUCUUCACUGUGCUCUUCCUUUUCAUGGAUUCGGGUACGUGGAUCUCCUCCCUGUUUUUCCACAUGAUGACAGCAGUGCUAGGCUUAGGGGUCAUUAUGCCUUGGCUGUACCGACUGAUCCAGAGGAACCCUUUGUUCUGGCUACUCCAGUUUCUGUUUCAGACACAGACAAGAGUUUACCUUCUUGUCUAUUGGACCUUUUUGGCUGCUUCAGCAUGUGGUGUAGUUUUCUACCAGAAUGCAAAGAGAUCAUCUGAAUCUAAAAAACACCAGGCCUCAACUCUAACCAGGAAAUAUUUCCAUUUCAUUGUUGUAGCUACUUAUGUUCCUGGACUAAUUUACGACCACCAGCUUCUCCACGUUGCUGCAGUGCUGUGUCUGGCAGUGUUUAUCUUCUUAGAGUACAUUCGGUACUUCAGGAUCAAACCAUUUGGCCAGACCCUUAGGCAUUUGCUCUCUCUCUUCUUGGAUGAAAGAGACAGUGGACCUCUAAUCUUGACCCAUAUUUAUCUCCUCCUUGGCAUGUCCCUCCCCGUGUGGUUGUUCCCCAGGGCUUGUGCUCCCAAAGGCACCUUGUCUGGGGCAGGAGCACUGGUCCCCUACUCAGGGGUACUGGCAGUAGGGGUAGGAGACACUAUUGCCUCUGUUUUUGGCAGCACCAUGGGGGAAAUCAAAUGGCCAGGAACAAAGAAGACCUUUGAAGGGACAAUGACAGCUAUUUUUGCUCAGAUCAUUGCUGUGGCUCUUAUUCUGAUCUUUGACACCAGUGUGAAUCUGAACUCCAGCUAUGCCUGGAUCCUGGCAUCUGUGAGCUUAGUCUCUCUUUUGGAAGCUUAUACUACCCAAAUCGAUAAUCUGCUGUUGCCUCUCUACCUCCAGAUAAUGUUUAUGGCAUAGAAGCACUUCCAGGAAGAGAAGUUUCUCCUUUUCUAGAGAAAGUGGUAACAGAACACACACUGUAACGAGAGCUCAAAGCUGAUUUAACACUGCUUCUGGUACAGCAGAUAAAAUUGUUAAAAGGCAGAAAUGAAAAAGACCUGUUUAAAAUAAAGGGUUUGCUUGGUCUUGGUUUUUCCCCUGUUUAAAAGAGCAUCAAUUGCUUUAUGUUCUCACAGGAACACAAACAUGACUGAUAAAAAUACCAUAAUCCAAUUUAAGUUCCUUCUGGGUGCCCAGAGGCAAAAGAAGUAGAAGAAGAAGAGGUAAGUCAAUUAGAGGAAAGAAUAAAUAAACAGACCUUCCACAUGUUGCCAUGUCUGUAUUGUAUCAGAGUUUUUGCUCUAGAGCCCUGCUGUCCUGUAUUGCUGAAUAUGUGAACUUAUUUCUGUAUUAACUCCCUCUAAAGCAUGUUUUAUAAUGAGGGUGGCCACACAGAGUGAGUAUGACUGUCCAAAUGUAUCCAGUCACCAGCAACAAGAACCACACUAAUGCACCAACACAACUUCAGACACAGCAGCUGGAACAGCCCAGUCUACCCAGGGCAGGUGGGGAAGGUUUGAGAAUAGAAAAGGCUAUUUAUUCCAAACAGUACUAACAAGAGAGCUGCAGUUUUAGCCCUGAAGGGUUAUGCAAAAGAAGAAUGAGUUAUCCUUUUCAACAUUUUAACAUCUAAAUUAUUUUGGAGUAAUAUUCAAUAUAGAGGAGAAAUGAACAAAGCCACAGAAAGCACAAAAUCUGUUCAAUAAACUU